AUAAUUUUUGUCUAUGGACAUAAAAGAAACCAAGCAAAAAAAGCCGACAUUUCUUAUUCUGUGCAAUUUCAAUUAAUUAAUUAGGUGAAUUCCUGUGUGUGUUUAAAAAUAUUCGUAAAUUAAGUCAUCCGAAGAAAAACAAAACAUGCAUAGAAACACACCUAGAGGCAGAGGUGCAAACCAAAAUAGUACACGACGCUCAGGAGGAACUAAUUUCGUCCCGGGAGGACAGAUUUUUCAGAGGCGACAGGAUAUUAUUGCUGCAGAAACUCGGGCUCCUACUCAGCAAGCACCUACACCUGUGACUCCAGUUACAGCUCAGCCUAAACCACCAGUAAAACCAAUCGAACAAGAACCAGUCAAUCAACCUAUGGAUCAACAGCCAGAAAAAGUUGACGUUGUUGAAGAGGAUACCAAAAAAGACGCUGAAAAGAAAAGUUGGAUGAAUCGCAAAAUUCCUAAAAAGGAAAAAUUAAGGAGGAGGAAUCAAAGACUUAGUAAAUUGCUUCAACCAAAAAAUGCCUUGAUGAUCUUACAUGAACUCGUAAAGAAUCCUAUAUUCAAUGUUUCAGAAAAUGAUGGCCAAUUUCAGGCUGAGGUUACAGUGGCUGGUACUCAACAUGUUGGUCUUGGCAAAAACAAGAAUGCCGCCAAGAAUGCAGCAUCCGAAGCUGCGCUCCGGCACCUAAUUAAGUAUAAAACUGUACUACCGAUGGAAGCAUCAUCAGAUGACAGUUCUGUCAAAAUGGACACAUCUUCAUCUGACCCCGAUGAAAGUACAGAGGAUAUGCCAUUACCAUGGCAACAAGUAGCUUCAUUUGCUUUAUAUAAACUUUUUGAUUCCUGGGGUGAAAAUGUUAAUAAAAAAGAGGAGCCAAAAAAAAUUAAUUCUGCUAGAAAAUUGCCUGAAAAUGCGGCAACCAUAAAUCCCGUAAUGAUUAUCAAUCAGAUGUAUCCACUAGCUUCGUUUGAUGAAGUGGAACAGGUUGGAAAUCCACCCAACAUUGUUUUCACCAUUCAGUGUAAUGUCGAUGGGCAGAGUUUCAAAGGAACUGGUUCCUCGAAGAAGGCAGCUAAGAAACUAGCGGCUUAUGCUGCUUGUCACACACUUUUAGGAAUUGUUUACCCCCCUGAGCAAUACACUCCUUCCGAGUAAUACAGUAAAAUAGGAGGUUCUUUGAGAAAUAUAGAACGUUUUGUUUAGAAUUUUUAUUACAAUUGUAUAAUUUAUAAUAUUCUUCUGACAAGUGACAAGAUUAUUUUAAGAUUUUAAUUUGAAUUUUAUGUUACUUAACAUUUUUUUCAAUUUGUGUACAGAUGUUGAAUGAUAAAGACGUCUACUAUUCAAAAGAAAAAUAUAUCGUAAAUAAUAUAUUGAGUUGUUCCUUUCAGAGUGUUUUCUAUAUAUUUUCAAUUAUAUUGUUUUACUAAACCUACUCAUCAUACCGA